GCACGUCAGCCCCAGGAUCCCCGAGCCCUGCUGUCCCUACCGCCCUCCCGGCAGGUUCCCUGGUCAUCAUCCCAUCCUGGUCCGGAGCCCUCUCCCGGCGGCACGAUGCCAAGGAAACAGUGACCCUGAGUGAGGCCGAGCCGGGUGGCAGGAACUUCUGCAAUGUCCCAUCAACCUCUCAGCUGCCUCACUGAGAAGGGGGACAGCCCCAGUGAAAGCACAGGAAAUGGACCCCCCCAUCUGGCCCAUCCAAACCUGGACACGUUCACCCCGGAGGAGCUGCUGCAGCAGAUGAAGGAGCUCCUUACCGAGAACCACCAGCUGAAAGAAGCCAUGAAGCUAAAUAAUCAAGCCAUGAAAGGGCGAUUUGAGGAGCUUUCAGCCUGGACAGAGAAACAGAAGGAAGAACGCCAGUUUUUUGAGACACAGAGCAAAGAAGCCAAAGAACGUCUAAUGGCCUUGAGUCAAGAGAAUGAGAAACUGAAGGAAGAGCUUGGGAAACUGAAAGGGAAAUCAGAAAGGUCAUCUGAGGACCUCAGUGGUGACUCCAUGCUUCCCGCAGCAGAAGCAGAGCAGGAAAAGGAGCAGCUCAGGACCCAGGUGGUGCGGCUGCAGGCAGAGAAGGCAGACCUGCUGGGCAUCGUGUCUGAACUGCAGCUCAAGCUGAACUCCAGCGGCUCCUCCGAAGACUCCUUUGUUGAAAUUAGGAUGGCUGAAGGAGAAGCAGAAGGGUCAGUGAAAGAAAUCAAGCAUAGUCCUGGGCCCACGAGAACAGUCUCCAUUGGCACGAGCAGAUCUGCAGAGGGGGCCAAGAAUUACUUGGAACAUGAGGAGUUAACUGUGAGCCAGCUCCUGCUGUGCCUAAGGGAAGGGAACCAGAAGGUGGAGAGACUUGAAACUGCACUCAAGGAGGCCAAAGAAAGAGUUUCAGAUUUUGAAAAGAAAGCGAGCAAUCGUUCUGAGGUUGAAACCCAGACAGAUGGGAGCACAGAGAAAGAGAAUGAGGAAGAGAAAGGCGCAGAGACUGUUGGAAGUGAAGUAGAGGCACUGAACCUUCAGGUGACAUCCCUGUUUAAGGAGCUUCAAGAAGCUCAUACAAAACUCAGUGAAGCUGAGCUAAUGAAGAAGAGACUUCAAGAAAAGUGUCAAGCCCUGGAAAGGAAAAACUCUGCAACCCCAUCAGAAUUGAAUGAAAAGCAAGAGCUUGUUUAUCAUAACAAAAAGUUAGAGCUGCAAGUGGAAAGCCUGCUAUCAGAAAUCAAAAUGGAGCAGGCUAAAACAGAGGAAGAAAAGUCCAGAUUAGCCAUGCUACAAUUGACACACAACAAGCUCCUUCAAGAACAUAAUAAUGCAUUGAAAGCAAUUGAGGAACUAACAAGAAAAGAGUCAGAAAAAGUGGACAGGUCAGUGCUGAAGGAACUGAGUGAAAAACUGGAACUGGCAGAGAAGGCUCUGGCUUCCAAACAGCUUCAAAUGGAUGAGAUGAAGCAAACAAUUGCAAAGCAGGAGGAGGACCUGGAAACCAUGAGCAUCCUCAGGGCUCAGAUGGAAGUUUACUGUUCUGAUUUUCAUGCUGAAAGAGCAGCGAGAGAGAAAAUUCAUGAGGAAAAGGAGCAACUGGCAUUGCAGCUAGCAGUUCUGCUGAAAGAGAAUGAUGUUUUUGAAGAUGGAGGCAGUGUUGCUUUUCAUCCCAGCAGGCAGUCCUUGAUGGAGAUGCAGAGCCGUCACGGGGCGAGAACAAGUGACGCUGACCAGCAGGCUUACCUCGUUCAGAGAGGAGCUGAGGACCGGGACUGGCGGCAACAGCGGAAUAUUCCAAUUCAUUCCUGCCCCAAAUGCGGAGAGGUUCUGCCUGACAUAGACACGUUACAGAUUCAUGUGAUGGAUUGUAUCAUUUAAGUGUUGAUGUGUCAUCUCCCCAAAACUGUUGGUAAAUGUCAGAUUUUCUCCUCCAA